AUGGAAGGCACCGAAGAAGGCGCCCGGAAAUGCAUCGAGAACACCCUGAGCACACUGAUUCGCAGAAAUUUCGUAGCUGAAACGAUCGACGCAAAAUUUGAGGUUGCCGAGAAUGUUGAUGCUUGGCUUCCAGAACUCCUGGAAAACAGUACAUGGCGCAAUUUAAUCUAUUCGCUCUCGGAACAAAAUCCACAAUCGCAGUUUCUAAAGGUCGCUAUCCAUAACAUAUCGGAUGCCGGCUUCCAGCACGAAAUUACAAAUGUUAACACAGCUGCCCAGCAAUUCUUGGUGCUAAUUGUCAUUACUCGAAGGCCCUUCACGAAACAGGAAUUGCAGGAAGAGGGAAGGGGCAAAGUAGCGAUGAAAUGUGCGCAUAUGUCUGAAGCAAUAUGUCAAGGAGCGCGCAAAGACCAUUUCGAAGACGUGAAUGCAAUUCACUUUGCUCUGGUAGAAGUAAAUAACGAUGUAAGGCAAGCAAUGCACGCGAUGAUAAAUAACAAAUGCUUAAAUCCAACUGAUAUCACAUGUCUUUAUGAAGUAAGUAAUUUUUGA